GUCGUCGUAUGUCAAUGUCAUUUGGUUAUAGAUGUCACGGUGACAACAACUAAAGAUAUGAUGACACAUUUUUCUUUCAUAUCAAAAUUAUCAAAUCAAAUUAUCAAGAUUUAGUAAAAGUGCAAACGGGAUCAAAAUCAAAACGUGACUAUGGCUGAUGCUGCAGCAGCACGUCGUGAAGCUCGCAGAAAAAGGAUUUUAGAAAAUUCUCAUAACAGGCUCCAGCUGAUAUCUGGAAAGACUAGCGACGAAUGUUGUAAAGUGUCACCAGUUAGAAGCCCAGUUCCUGAACAGACCUACGAAGUUUCAAUAACACCAGAGAGUUCCAGUAAAUCCUCCCUUAAUAAUGGAUUGCUUCUUGUAGAGCCAGAAACUUUUGCUUUGUUGUCAACAAAUCCUGACACUGAUGCAACUGGCGACGCAGAUGUUUUUAAUGAGCAUGAAUCAGCAGCUUUAAGGUCAUCACUGCCUGAGACAGCCCAAAAGUUAACAGUGUGGGAUCAAUUGACCAUCUAUAAAUAUGACAUAGUGUUUUUAUCCCUAGUCAUACAACUCUUAUAUGGUUUGUCUUUUAUAACUCUUGAUAAUACAUAUAUGUUUCUCCCUUUUGCUAUAUAUGUUAUUACUAAACAAUUAUUUUUCCCAACAAAGAAUAAUUCAAAGUUUGCAAAUAUGCUUUUAUUAUUGAAUGGUUUAUCUCAGCAGGCUGAUAGACUACAGAAGGUAUUGAGUAUCACACAAUGGGUUGGUGUGAUUUUCCAAGAUAUGUGUAUAUAUCUAUUCACUACUAUUUGUGUACAAUUGCUUUAUAUUACAUUAACGAAAAACUUUGUGACAUAAUAAUUACUUGGUACCCCAAAAUGCGGGCAUUAUAAUGACUGAUCAUUUCUAACAAUAGUAAGCUAGAUCUGACAAGAAUGUUCCGUAAUUUUGAUUGCUUGUGCCUUUUUAUGUAAGUGAGACGUGACAUGUGUGCGUUUUAGUCACAUAUUGCCAUUUUAGUUAUAAACUAGGUACCAUUUUGUAAAUAGCAACAGUUUCAAAUUUUAGUUCAAAUUAACAUUUGCUCAAGAACUUAUAUUACUUUAUAUGCUCGCAUUUUAUUUACACAAGUAAAAUUUAGUUUAUAAAUUAACAUGUACAUACUGUCUUUAACUCAGCUCCUUUAUGGAGGGAUAGGCAGAAUGUAGUGUGGACAUGUUGACAAACCAAUAUAUAUAUAUAUAUAUAUAUCAUUAGUCACUAUUUUGUUAACAUUUAUAAUUUUGCAUUUUAAUGAUUGUAUUUCUUUUAUUAUGAAAUGUGAAAUAACUGUGUGUUUGUAAAUAUUGGAGAAAUGCAUGAAUUGCCAAAUUAAAACUAUUUUUAUGCUCUGUAUAAUAAUAAUAUUUUGAUAUAUAUGUAAU